GCAUCCACGCUCCACUUACACUCGAAUCUGCACCAUCCGAACAUUGUUACCUUUCACCGCGCCGUCUCGUUUGAGGACAACACUUGUAUCGCUCAGGAACAAUUUCACAAUGGCUCACUCGUCGACUCUCUCAAAUCUCGCAAGUCCUGCACGAUGCCCGAGAUCCGCAGGUUCUUUUUCCAGCUGUGCAGCGCGGCUAAGUACUUGCACCACCCCAACAUCGUGCACUGCGACCUCAAGACGGGGAACAUUCUUUUUCACCGAGGAAUGAGCGUCAAGACGGUGAGUUUUGGACUGGCAGCUGUGCUCGUGUCGGCGAAGGAUGUUAGGAUCAGAAAGACGUCCACGUGCGGCAUGUCCAACUAUCUUUCACUGGAUAUUCUCGACAAGCAAGGAUACAACGACAAGCCGGGUCUGUAG